AUGAGCCGCCGCUGGAACCAACACGACGGCGACUCGAACCGUCUGCCCGAGGGCAUGGUGUGCACCGGCUACGACGCCGACACGCAAAAAUACCACUACCGGGACCGCGACGGGCAGGGCUGGGAGAGCCAGUCUGGGAACCGAUACGGGCCGCUGAAGCGAGUGACGCCCCUAGCCUGGAACGGCGGCCCCCUCCUCCGACACACCGUCACGCCGACGACGAGCAGCAGCCACCGCGCGUCUGCCCGCAACAACAACGGCCACGGGCCCCGAGGCGCGCGCCCGCUGCCGCCGCGCAGCUUCGCCGACAUCUUGGGCGAGGAGCGCAAGGCGGGCGGGAGCCCGGAUCGCCGCGAGUCGGACGCUAGUGCGGGGACGAGGAUGAGUGGCAGCACGCUUAGUAGUGGUGCGAGUGUGAGGAGUGGCAGCUCCUGGACCAGCUCGAUUAGGUCCCCCCUCUCGAACCUCAAGAACCUCUUCCGCAAGCGACCGGCACCAGUACACAGUCCUUCCUCUCACUCUCACCCGAACCCACACCGUGGCAUCAACGCGCAUCCCAACCCCUCACGCCGCGGCCCGCGCUCCCUAUCGUCCGUGUCGACGUACGUGGACGACACGGCUGAUGAUGAUGCGACGCCGGUGCUGAAGAAGGAGUUUUUGUAG